CUACGCGGACACCUAUUUCCUAUCUGUGAUCGCUUCCUGAGAUAAAAGGGAGUUGACCGUCGUGUUGUUUUUUAUAAACUCGGUGUAAGCGGGCUAAAACGGACAAAAGAUGAAGUUUAGUGUACUUUGUGGGUUUUGGAGCUCGUUGUUGUGUCUUUGCUGGUCGCUUGACACCGACGUAUACGUCGCAAAGGGCGGCACACUGCAUCUACGACCUGGCAAGUCGGGCCCUUUCACUAACGUGGUGUGGUCUAUCAACAGAGACCUGGUCGCCGAGUGGGACGCCGGUAAAGACGUCAUCUACUACGGCGAGUUCAAACACCGAACCACCCUGAAUACGGUGACCGGGGAUCUGCAGAUCUCUGAUGUGGGCGCGCAGGACGUGGGCAACUUCACGCUGGAGUUAAACAAGGUCUCCCAGGCGAACACCACCUUCAGCACCAAGAUCAUCAGUCCGGUACCUCAACCUCAGAUCCAUGUGUCCCCGGUGGCAUGUUCCAAAGACUCGGACCAAUGCAAGCUGCACUGCGCUGAAGACACCAGCCAGGCCGGACCGGUGACCUACCACUGGACGCACGACCCAAAACUUACGACAAAUACCAUCCUCAUUGACGUCCACAGUCAGGAGGAGAAGAGCUUGUCCUGCGUCAUGAAGAACCCCAUCAGCGAGAAGGAAAGCGAGCCCUUCACCAACCCCUUUUAUCAGGAAAAGGACGGCAUUGGACCGGGAGGGAUCGCCGGUCUGGUCAUAAUGAUCCUGGUUGUGGUGGUGGCAGCAGUGGUCCUGGUUUGGUACCGCAAGAACAAACGCCGUCAAGAAUUACCACUUCCGACCGACGCCAAAGUUCCAGAGAGUGUGCCGCUGGAUUCCAACACAACUACGGACAAGCCGUGACGUUCCUGUCUGGAAGGGUGUGUGCGUGGCCGCGGCGGCCCGCAGUCUGGACGCGAUGGACCGAAGCGUCACGGGAGUGGUCCGUGGCUCACCACCGCAAGUGUCCGUGCAGAGUGGUCGGUCGUUGCCCAAAAUGUCCCGCUUUUUUUUGGAUCCGUCUCUCCAAAGAUGAAUGUCAUGCUAACCCAGUUGUCCCUAAUUAAUGCGCUUGUUAGGCACUUCCGCUUUCAUCGUUGCUGUGUCACGUUAGCGCCAUGACAAUGCAAUUGCACUCACGGGAAAUGAAGAUAACUAUGUUGACCAAACUUCUUCUUUUUUGUACUCUGCCCUACCUACCGCUACAAUAGCCACGACUAUGAACUUUUUAUUUACAUUUUUUUUACUUUAUUUUUUUAGUGACUUUCUGAAACUGGCCCCUAACGCGGGGGUGCUGGAGCCUAUCUCAGCUACAUUCGGGCGGAAGGCGGGAUACACCCUUGACAAGUCGCCACCUCAUCGCAGGGCCAACAUAUUUUUUCCACGUUACUUUAUUUUCUAAAUUGACUUUCUGAAACUGGCCCCUAACGCAAAGUUCUGAAGCAAAAAUGUAUAAAUGGAUGGCUCGUAUCUCAAAAACCCAUAAGGUGCAUUAUUUUACAGUAUAAAUGUUUACUAUUCCACAUUACUUUAUUUUUUUAAUCGACUUUCUGAAACUGUCCCCUAACGCAAAGUUCUAAAGCAAAAAUGUAUAAAUGGAUGGCUUCUAUCCCAAAAACCCAUAAGGUGCAUUAUUUUACAGUAUAAAUGUUUAAUUUUCCCCAUUAUUUUUUUUAAUUGACUUUCUGAAACUGGCCCCUAACGCAAAAUUCUAAAGCAAAAAUGUAUAAAUGGAUGGCUCGUAUCUGAAAAACCCAUCAGGUGCAUUAUUUUACAGUGUAAAUGUUUACUAUUCCACAUUACUUUAUUUUUUUAAUUGACUUUCUGAAACUGGCCCCUAACGCAAAGUUCUAAAGCAAAAAUGUAUAAAUGGAUGGCUUCUAUCCCAAAAACCCAUAAGGUGCAUUAUUUUACAGUAUAAAUGUUUAAUUUUCCCCAUUAUUUUUUUUAAUUGACUUUCUGAAACUGGCCCCUAACGCAAAAUUCUAAAGCAAAAAUGUAUAAAUGGAUGGCUCGUAUCUGAAAAACCCAUCAGGUGCAUUAUUUUACAGUGUAAAUGUUUAUUAUUUCACAUUACUUUAUUUUUUUAAUCGACUUUCUGAAACUGUCCCCUAACGCAAAGUUCUAAAGCAAAAAUGUAUAAAUGGAUGGCUUAUAUCCCAAAAACCCAUAAGGUGCAUUAUUUUACAGUAUAAAUGUUUAAUUUUCCACAUAAUUUUUUUUAUUGACUUUCUGAAACUGGCCCCUAACGCAAAGUUCUAAAGCAAAAAUUUAUAAAUGGAUUGCUCGUAUCUGAAAAACCCAUCAGGUGCAUUAUUUUACAGUGUAAAUGUUUAUUAUUCCACAUUACUUUAUUUUUUUAAUCGACUUUCUGAAACUGUCCCCUAACGCAAAGUUCUAAAGCAAAAAUGUAUAAAUGGAUGGCUUCUAUCCCAAAAACCCAUAAGGUGCAUUAUUUUACAGUAUAAAUGUUUAAUUUUCCCCAUUAUUUUUUUUAAUUGACUUUCUGAAACUGGCCCCUAACGCAAAAUUCUAAAGCAAAAAUGUAUAAAUGGAUGGCUCGUAUCUGAAAAACCCAUCAGGUGCAUUAUUUUACAGUGUAAAUGUUUAUUAUUCCACAUUACUUUAUUUUUUUAAUCGACUUUCUGAAACUGUCCCCUAACGCAAAGUUCUAAAGCAAAAAUGUAUAAAUGGAUGGCUUAUAUCCCAAAAACCCAUAAGGUGCAUUAUUUUACAGUAUAAAUGUUUAAUUUUCCACAUUAUUUUUUUAUUGACUUUCUGAAACUGGCCCCUAAUGCAAAGUUCUAAAGCAAAAAUGUAUAAAUGGAUGGCUCGUAUCUCAAAAACCCAUAAGGUGCAUUAUUUUACAGUAUACAUGUUUAAUUUUCCACAUUAUUUUUUUUAAUUGACUUUCUGAAACUGGCCCCUAACGCAAAGUUCUGAAUGUAUAAAUGUUUAUUUUUCCACAUUCGGGAAAUGCUGUCCAUCCUAUGUGUGUAAAAAGUGUACAUUUCUAUUUUAAGUUCAGCAUUUACAAGCACAUAACUUUAAAUUAUACACUUUCAUAGGCACAUUAUUUUGUAUAUAUCUGGAGUUUUUUUUGUUUUCACAAACAUUCAUGUUUUAAUGACUGAAAAAAAAGGUCUUCUUGAUGGACAAUCUUGUUGCAUUUUCCCAAAUGAAUCGUUCGCGUGUUGCUGCUUUUUCGAAUGUUUUGAAGCGCUGAAAUAAACGAUUUGCUCGAUCGACCCCUGAA